AUGAAAAAUUGUUUUUCAUUUUUUUUAAUUAUUUUUAAUUUUAUUUUUUUAAUUAAUAGCCAAUUAUCACCAUCAAAUAAUAAUGUUGAACUAUAUGAAUACCCCAAUAAUAAUUAUGCUGAUUAUCCUGGAUCAGCUUUAAAAUGUGAAUUCAAUUUAAGAUAUUCAGCAAGAAAUUUAAAUGGUUUAAAUGAAGAUUUGUUAACAAUUACACCAAAAUUCGAUAAGCCCCAUAAAAGCAUAGGUGGUACAAUCUAUACUUAUAUUCAAAUUCAAGGUUUAAAAUACAAAUUAAAAGCAUUAAGUAUAACAACAACAGGGCAGUAUUCUCAUAGUAUUUAUCCUUUAACAAAAGAACUUUAUUGUAUUGAAUUUAGAGGUAUAUAUCCAGAUAAUAUUUAUAUUUUCGACUCUGCUGGAUUGAAGUUUUUUAUUAAUUUCCCAUCGAAAUCAUUUGAAAUUAAUUUAAAACCAACUUAUACUGGGUAUCAGGCCAUAGAUUAUGUUACAUAUCCAAGUUCUCUUUCAAAUCCAAUUAUACAAUAUUCAAAUUUAAAUGGUCCUUUAGUUUAUUUUACAACUAAUUUGACAAAUGAAAAUUUAUAUCUUAUCCCAAUAUACGUAUAUAAUGGGGUAGAAAGUUAUGUAAAAAAGAUUGGUCAAGUGGAAAAAGAUGGGGUCUUACAUUAUUCGUAUAUAUUUCCAUUGUUUGAUUUACAAUAUUUAACUGAAUUUACUUAUAAUUUUUAUUAUAAUAAUGGGAAAAAUUUAGAAAAUAUUAAAGUUGAAGCAAUAUUAAACGAUAUUUAUCCACCAGAAAUCUCAUUUGUUGAGUUUGAUCAUAUCAUUGGUUUUAAAUAUCUAUUAAAAUUAAAAGCUAAUGAUCAAACCAUGAUUUCUAAAAUAAUUUUAAAAAAACUAGGUGGAGAAUUAGAGUAUGGAUUAGAGUGCUUAACUAGUGGUGACUUUAAAAAUGGUGAGUUUGAAUUAGUUGUUGAUAUAACUAAUUUUCAAAAUUAUCUCUCAAUUAAAGAUUUAAUAGGAAAUAGACUUAAUAAAUUUCCUUCAGAUUAUAUUGCUCACGACUCAAAUAACAUUCCUGUUUUUGUAGAACCAAGAGUUGAAACCUAUGAUUUGGUUAUUUUUAAUGUCACAUUCUUGGUAAAUGAUAUCGAUAUUUUCGAUAGACCAUGCUAUAAUUCAAUUUAUUUUAACUCUACAGUUCCUAAAGAUUACCCUAUGACUUUUAGAUUAACUGAUCAGGUAUCAUUUAGUUACAGUAGUUCGGAAGGAAAUAGUGAGCCAAUACCAAUUUUAUAUGAUGAAAAACUAAAAUUAUUUUAUUGCGAUUUCAUUGUUCCAAUGAAUACUGAUUCAGGGGAAAUUCCAUACGUGAUAUCCCCUUCUAGUGUUACUGCUCCAUCCAUAGAUAGUUCCAUUUUAACACCUCUUAGAGUUUCAAGAACAAAAUUUGAUAAUGACGGCCCAAUAAUUUCAAAUAUUAUCAAUGCAAACGAUUUUGGCAAAGUUGGUUGGAGAAUAACAAUUACUGACGAGACCAAUGGUUUCAAGAAAGGAUAUAUCAAAGCGGUUGGAUCUCUAGAUAACUCUAUUUAUAAAUUCAACUUUACUAUAGCAGAUAAAAUAGGCAGUGGCACAAUUUUUGAAGCACAAUAUGAUAUUUUAAUAGAAAUUGAUCAAUAUUGCAUAUUCCAGUAUUUUACAAUUGAACAAAUAUAUUUAGAAGAUAGAAAUAGCAGAUAUUCUAAAUUUUCAAGAUUUACACCAAUAAAGGAACCAGAAAGAAAUCCAUUAAGAAACUUUAUAGGCGAUGAAAGUGUUCUAAAAACAGCUUCAUCAUGUUUAACUCAAACUACAACUGAUACAACAGGCCCAAUCUUUGGUGAUUAUAAAUUCGAUAAAGAUACUGUGGAUGUCUUUUCAAAUUUUAGGACUGUAACUUUCACUUUUAGUGUAAUAGAUCCAGAGAAUGAAAUAAUGAGUGAUCAAUUUCCAAAGGUAUAUUUAUUAUCGUCCGAUAUGAAAACAAUAGAGUGCGAAUCAACAAUUAUAUUAACAAUCCCAACAUUACAAUAUAAAUGUGUUAUUGAUAUCCCGUAUGGCUUUGGUUAUCCAGAUGGCUUAUGGGUUUCAAUAUAUGGGUCUAUUAACAAAGCUGGUAUUUAUUCUGGCCAAUCACAUCCAGGAACAGGUGAAAAAAUUAAAACCAUUAAAUCUUCAAGUUCUCCAGUUCUUUCCAAUUAUGAACCCCUGUAUACUUCAACAAAAUCUGAUAUAAUUUUAUAUGGUAAACAAUUAAAGAGUACUGUAAGCGUCUUUAUAACCUAUUCAUAUGAGGUCACUAUGUUUUAUACACCUAUAAAAAUUAUUGGCCAAACCGUUUUAAUAAUCCCAAGAGAUCCAAAAUAUGAAAUUAAUGGAACAUUUACUGUAUACACCAUGAAUUCUAUGAAUAUGUAUUCAAAUAUUCUAACUGUAUAUCCAAUCUAUUACAAUAGAAGCGAAAAUGUAGUAUUAGUACCUUCACCCUCACCCUCAAAUUCACCUAGUUCAACUCCAAGCUCAACUCCAAGCUCAACACCAAUUCAAACAAAUAAACCACAAAAAUGUGUAGGAACCCCUUUAUGUGGUGGUAAAAAUCAAGGUUUUUGUAUUGAGGAUAGUGGUUGUGUUUGUUACUCACCAUGGAUUGGUUUAGAUUGCAUGUCUAAGGUUAUUGUUGUACCACCACCAAAAGUUAACGAAACAUCCCCAACUACCGAAAUCCCAAUAUCCGAUGAUGGAAGUGAUAGCAGUACUAGCAGUGAAAUACCAGUCGAAAAGGUAUUUUACAAAUCAUUGGUUUCAUUGGUUUCAUUAAGAGAAUUAUCAAUUGAUGGUAAAGAAACCAAUAACCAUGUGUUAAGUAGAUGGAUUCAUUCUCAAAUAGAUUCCUUCACAAACCAAUACGUUACCAAUAUUUCAGUAACAGAUUCGAAUGGUAAUAAAGUAGAUACAUCAGUAGUUGCAACAUUGAAAUGGUUCGAAAAUGAAUCUAAAAUAGAAUUUGCAAACCAAAACAUAACCUUAAAUCCAUCCUCCAUUAAAUAUACAAUUGAAAUCAUAAACUAUCCAUUUUCAACCCGUGUAAGCUCUUUACAAUUGGUAAUGCUCGCAUCUUUUGAAUCUAGUAAAACACAUGAUGUGUGCUCCUCUAAAGAAUUUGGUGAAACUUCAACAGGUGAUAAUUCAAAUUAUUUCAAAUUUCAAAUUGAAAAAAGAUCCUUUUAUGGCAGAUUUAUUAGAAGAGGUAUUUUGGAUUCAAAACCUAAAUCAAUAGAAAAUGUUUUACUAGAUAAAGAUAUGGCAGUAGUAUCAAAUGCACACCAGGCACAAUCAUAUAUAGGUAUUUUAAUUCCAUGGUUUGAAAAAAAUGCAAUAAUAGAUCCAGAUUUUUCAGUAUUAAUAGAUAGUGAUUCAGCUUCAUCAUCUCCCAAUUCAAUUUGCACAAAUAAUUCUAAAUUAACAGCAACUAAAAUUGCAGGUAUUGUAAUAGGGUGUGUUGCUUUUGUUAUUGUCAUUUCAAUAUCAAUUGUAAUGAAAGAUUAUUAUAGUUUUAAUAUCGAAGAUAGCUCAUCAACAUUAAUAGUAUCAAAUGAUAUAAAUCAAAAAAAUAUUAAUAAUUUUAAAAAUAAUAAUAAUAAUAAUAGUAAUAGUACUAAUAAAGAUAUUUAUGAAUAUAUUAAUAAUUUAAAUAUAAAUGAUAAUGAAAUAAUAUUAGAUGGGGCAACUUCAAUAGUUAUAGAAAAUAAAAACAUAAAGUCUCAGUGGGAAAAAGAAUCAUUAUAUGAAGAAAUUAUACAAAAUUAUCAAGAUAAUGUUAAACCAAUUGAUUCAGUUCGUUCUAAAUCUAUUAGAAUCCUUUUGACCGGAUGUACUGGUUACAUGGGGUCCCAUUUAUUGUUACAAAUAUUAAGAAUCAUAAACUGCGAAACUGUUUAUUGUUUAGUAAGAGGCGUUAGAAAUACUAUGGCAGCAAAUGAAAAAAUAAACAAUACUUUAAAAAAAUACAAUCUCUACAAUCAAAUGAAUGAUCGAGAUUUUCAAAAAAUUAUACCUGUUAUUGGAGAUUUAGACAAGGAGAAAUUGGGCUUAUCAAAUAUUGAAUAUCAACAUUUAUCUAAAUCAGUUCAUCUCAUAAUAAAUGUUGCUUCAAACAAUAAUAUAAACUCAUCCUAUGACACAUGUAGAUCAACAAAUGUUAAUGGAAUUAAACAAAUCAUUAAACUAUCAACCUCGACCUCAUUUAAAAGAAUAGUUCAUUUUUCAUCAUCUUUUUUAAAUUUCAAGAGUGGUGAAUAUAAGGAUCUCCUCGCUGUGGAGCUACCAUCGUUCCAAAAUGAAGAAUAUCCCUGGAAUGGUUAUUUAAAUUCAAAAUCAGUUUCAGAACAUUUAAUACAACAAUUCUCUCAGCAACUUAAAGUUCCAUGUAUGAUAAUAAGAACUCCUUUCAUUAUAUCCAACUCCAAUAACAGUAUAUACUCUCUCUUACAAAGCUGCAUAUCUGUCGGAAUGUAUCCAAAUGAUCUAGAAUUCAAAACAAAUACUGUACCAAUAUCAUGGUUAUCAGAGAGUAUUAUAAGUACAAUAUUUAAUGACAACUAUUGGAUAAAUAAAAAACAACAAUCCAACAAUCACUAUAAUUUAAAUAUUUAUAAUAUUGUAGGAUCACCAAUAACCUUUAAGGAACUAAUAUCAAUUGUUUCAACUGAGUAUUCUCUAUCGCCAGUAGAGCUAAAUGAAUGGAAAUUAAUAAUAGAAUCAAAAGAAUCAACAGAUAAAGUAUUAGAUUAUUUAGAUUUCAUUAUAUCAAACCCAAAUAAUGUCAAAGAAUCUAAUCAAAUAGAUUCCUUAACUCUAAACUAUGCAAAUUCUAAAAUAACCAAAAACCUAAUCAAAAAAUUAAACUUUAAUAAAUAA